AUGGGCCAAAAGAAACAAAUCAAGUUUCAAAAUGUCAUAUCAAAGAUGUCAGAAAAAAGCCCAGCUAAACCUGAGAAAGGAGAAUUUUUUGAUAGUGAAGAGAUUUUUGAUGCAGCCGGGCAAUCAAAAUUUAUUCUGGAGAAACUUCAGCAUUAUAUAGAACAUCCCAACCUGGCCCAGUACUACAAGCCUUUGAAGCCCACUGCGCUGCAGAAAUUCCUGGCUCAAAGCAGGAAAACCACAAGCUUCAUGUUAAAAGUGACAGAGUAUGACCAGGACAAGGCCUUGCUGAUUAUAACCAACAACCCACCUCCCUGCUCAAUCACUCAGCAAGAAAAGAGCAGUGCGCCCAAAUACUUCUCCAAAGAAUUACUGCUCAAGGUAAUGGAAAGUCCUCAUCAGCACCAAUCCAUUGAGAGCCUCUGGCCACCUGUGAUGCCUCAGAAAAAUAAGUUAAGGUCUGGGCUGAAACCAGUCUUCCCUCUAAUACUGUCUGGCGAUCCUACUUCCAAGCGAGAACAAUGGUUUAGGUUUUCCACGGACAAUGAUUUCAAGAGUGAGGGGAAGUAUUCAAAAGUGUACGCUUUGAGGAAACAGAAAGAAAUGUACCCUCAGCUCAGCUUCGCUCUGGACCGUGAAAGAGAUAUGAGGAAAGAUGCUCCCCAGAAGUCAGAGAGUAAAAGGCCGACCUCCCGGGCGGCUCGGGAGCCACUAACCCUCUCCUCGCUCCUGCAAGAGAAGCCCACCAAGACCGCGCCCGGGGAAAGCGCCUUCCGCAACGGGAGGGCCCCGCACUGGAUUGUCAACAAUGCCAUCGUCACGAAGUGA